AUUCACCGGCAGUUCAGUCUUAGUAGUGUCUUGGCGCGAUCACCUCAAGAGUUGAUCGUAUGCGCUGGUAGUAAAUCAGGUGUUAAGAUAUUAAGAGUAUCUUUUUUCUGCGAAAGUGAUUUAAUAGUUAAAAUCGAUUUCGGGAUAUUAGAGGAAUCUUAGAAAGCCAUCCAAGAUGUCGACAUCAAUGGUAGAUCUAAUACGUUCGAAGUACGAUGAGCUAAAAGUUGGAAUCGACCCCGAAGUCGAUAGCUGGCUGCUCAUGAAAUCUCCUGGACCACUUUUGACGAUACUUGGCAUGUACUUACUCUUUGUAUUGAAAAUCGGACCACAAUUUAUGACCAAUCGCAAACCAUAUGAUCUUCAGAAAAUUAUGAUUGUCUACAACGCGUACCAAGUGAUAUUCUCAACCUGGAUGUGCUCAAGGGCUUUCAAAGCAGAAAACUCCUUCUCGACAAUUUUCAACAACACAUGCAAAAGUGCCACAACUGAAACCGAUCGUCAAUUCACUUUAGAUGUUUGGGUUGGCGCCUGGUGGUACUUCUUCUCCAAGAUUGUUGAUUUACUGGACACCGUCUUCUUUGUACUACGCAAGAAACAAGGACAAGUCACUUUCCUCCAUGUCUAUCAUCACACUGUAACCGCUCUCUUCUCAUGGGGAUAUUUGAAAUACUUGCCAGGUGAACAAGGCAUUGUUAUUGGUCUCCUCAACUCCUUCGUGCACAUAAUCAUGUACUUCUACUACAUGUUGGCCGCCAUGGGACCCAAAUACCAAAAGUACUUGUGGUGGAAGAAGUACAUGACAUGGGUCCAACUCAUCCAAUUCUGUCUUAUGUUGUUCUACUUGGUCACCAUCGUCGCCAUGGACUGCAAACUCCCAAGAUCCCUGACAUUCUUCUUUGUCGGAAACUGCGUGAUCUUCCUGUAUCUUUUCGGCAACUUCUAUCGCCAGGCUUAUAGCAAGAAGAACAAGGACAAGGUGUUGCAGGCUAGCCGGAAUCUACUGGCCGAGGGUGAUGCUAUGAAACGACUUAUUGCCCAAGCUGACUCCAACAACAACCCAAAUACCAUGGAUGCAAACGGGAAAAGUAUUAAACAGGAAUAAAAUCGAUUAAGAUAGUCUUAGGGGGUUUAUCGAAUCGUAAACGUAUCCAGGGGUAUAAUUUACUUUUUUCUAGAGCGAGAACAAAGGAGAUAACUUGCUUAGUCAUAGGGUAUAGGAAAUGUGUUCUUGUGUAAGUUAUGAAUGUUUGUUUGUUAUUUGUAUUGUGUGAUAGAUAAAUCGUGAUUGCUUUA